AUGAAUCUUCGUGGACGAGGGGGCUUUCAGCCGUUUUCUCUUCCUCUCGCUAUACUAGUGGCAUUUCUAUUACUUGUACGAGUCAAUGGAGCAACAGACACAGACACCGGUCUUCCCAGACUCAGCACAGCCACCGAGACAACUACGUCUGCUACAGAAACCAGCACAGGCACAGCAACAGGUACAACAACAGGUACAACCGCAACCUCGACCAGCUCCUCCUCUUCCAGCACUACGUAUCCUACCGCCACUGUGCCUCCAACCUCCAAUGCGCCGUACAUGAAGCAGUCCAAUCUGCCCGAAGGCACGGUUUUCAUUUGCGUCGGAGCCAUCCUGGGAUUCAUUGGAUUAUCCGUGCUAGCAUGGCGCGGUAUGGUGGCAUGGUCUAUCAACCGCUCUGUUCGUCGGGCGGCCUAUGAGCAAACGAAACUCGAGAACAAGGCUCUCUUGCGAAGGAGUAGUAGGAGAAGCUCUCAGCGCCGUUCUUCCGGUCGUCGUCGUCGCUCUCGUCGCGGCACCCGUGGCACAUCAAUGACACUAGAGAAGCUCACCAGGUCUGACCGACGCAGCCAUUUGUCGACCACUACACCUGCUACCCGAAGCAGUCUAUUCUUCUCGCCCACUGCUGCGCCGGGAAGUCACCAGUCCGUGAACAGAAUGUCGACAUAUCUUCCAGCCGGAUACUAUGCUGCUGGUAACACAGUUGCGGGCAGCCAGAGUCAGGUUAAUCUCGGACGCAGUCCUCCUGGAACACCAACCUCGCCUGCAAGCCGCGGAUUCGAUGCGCCAUUCAGUCGCUCAUCUCAUCACCUUGCUGCAUCUACCAGCUCGCUUAAUUUGAACGCCCCGCCACAGGGCAGAGUACCAAGUGCCUAUCUUGAAGAUCUCUUCGAUAGCCAUACCCCUGCUCGACCUACGGACCGUGAUCAAGCUUCGUGA